AUGGCGACUUCCAUACCGGACAACGCUUUGGAAACUAUUUUGACAAAGUUCGCGAUUCCAAAUCUGAAAACCGGACAAAAGAAAAUUCUGGAGUGUCUGAUAGAUGGCCGAGAUUGCAUGGCAGUACUUCCCACGGGAUAUGGAAAGUCUCUUCCGUUUCAGAUGUUUAUCCCAUUGAAGCGCCAGAUAGAUCAUCAUUUUGACGAGAAGCUUCUUGUUUGUUCACCGCUGGUUUCUCUGAUGCAAGAUCAAGUGGAAAAACUGACAAAUAUCGAUGAUAUUACAGCGGCCUAUAAAGGGGCUAGUGCUGUGAGUGACCAACGUAUUAGGGAUGGAGAAAUUGAUAUCAUCUAUGCCUCUCCAGAAGCCUUAAUUGGUGAUCCGGAGUGGAGAUCGGCCAUACAGAAGUUGAAUAUUUCAUCUAUUGUAGUGGAUGAAUUUCACACAAUAGCCACAUGGGGAGAAGAUACUGAUGAUUCUGGGAAGAAAGCCUUCAGGAAAUGGUUUUCCUACAUUGGGGAGCUACGUUCUCUCUUUCCUGAUGCCAAUAUUUUGGCCUUAAGUGCCACAUGCACUCUAAACAUCAGGAAAAGAGUGAAAAAAGUUUUGAAUUUGAAAGCAGAUACAGUUGAAAUUUCAGUAAGCCCUAACAAGCCAAAUAUUAAAUUUGUCAUAUCAAAGGUCCAUACUUGUAUUGAAAUUGCAAUGUGCUGGCUUGUAGAUGGAUUGAAUACUAAACAGAAAGCUUUCCCCAGGACAAUUAUUUACUGCAGGACAAUCAAAGAUACCGCAUGUUUAUUUCAAUACAUCACCACCGAAAUACCUGAAUGUGUAGAGUUUGUUGACAUGUACCAUUCACUUACUCCCUCUGUGCAGAAGGAUAAGAUCAUGGAAGGCCUAAGAAGUCCAACAGGUACCCUCCGAUUGGUCAUUGCCACAAGUGCACUUGGAAUGGGUAUUGACAUUGUUUCAUUUUACAGUGUAGUAGUGUUUGGCCUAUCCGACACACUUGUUGACCUACUCCAGGAAAUCGGGCGGGUUGGAAGAGAUGGAAAACCUUCUGCAGCCCUACUAUUGUACAAUUCUUACCAUUUACGAAGUGUUGGGAAGGAAGUCAAAGAAAUUACUAUGUGUACAGGGUGCAGAAGAGAAGCCAUCAUGUCAUCCUUCUUAAACCCUGAAGACAUGGAGAAACUGAAGGAAACUACUCGAGUCCAUGCAUGUUGUGAUGCUUGUGCAACACAUUGUGCUUGUGGUGUGUGCACUUCUCUGCCGAUUGAAGACAUGUUUCAUUCAAUAGAUGGUUGUGAGGACGCAAAUGACAGUGCAGACAGUGAUGUCACCGUCGAUUACCAAUGCAUUUCAGACUUUGAUGAUAGUUUUGACAUUGAUUUGUAACUGCAUUGAUACAUCUGUAUGUGUGUCUUAUUGUCACGAUUAAAAUCAGAUCUGACUGUUGCACUCUUCCAGUCUUUGGCAAUCUAAACACUUUUAGCAGUCCUAAUGAGGAAUGAGAAAUGUUUUUUUAUGCUGCUUUUAGCAGUAUUACAGCAAUAUCACGACAUGACUCGUUAACAUUUAAGAAUAUGUCUAUUUUGUUGUUUGGUUUGGUUUGUUUGUUGUUUAACGCCGCACUCAGCAAUAUUCGAGCUAUAUGACGGCAGUCUGUAAUUAAUCAAGUCUGGACCAGUCAGUCCUAUUUUGUGGGGUGGUA